AUGAGGUUCAGCACCAAUGUUGUUGUCAACGCCAUUUGGCUGACAAGCCUGGGCACUCCCUCCAUCGCUGCUCCAGCAAAGGGUCUCAAGGGUCCUGAAUUGAAGCAUUGGCCUGAAGGCGCCGCUAAAGCUCUCAAUAAAAUGAUUGCGGCGAAUGCCAACAAGGGACAAUAUGCAGUUUUCGACAUGGACAACACAAGCUACCAAUUCGAUCUUGAAGAGUCCCUUCUUCCCUACCUCGAGAACAAAGGCAUUCUUACACGAGAAACUAUGGACCCUGCCUUGAAGCUUGUUCCUUUCAAUGACACUAAGACCCAUAAGGAAUCGCUAUAUAGCUACUACUUGCGACUUUGUGAGAUUGAAGAUGCAGUGUGCUAUCCUUGGGCCGCGCAGAUCUUCAGCGGCUUUCCACUAAAGGAGCUUAAGUGCUAUGUCGAUGAAUUGAUGGCAUACAACAAGACUAUCCCUACCACCUACUUCGAGGAUGGUGUUCUUACAGAGACUGAGGUUUCUCCUCCUAAGAUCUUUGAGGGCCAAGUCGAGCUUUACAACCGCCUUAUGGCCAAUGGUAUCAGGGUCUACGUCGUCAGCGCUGCCUCUGAGGAGCUUGUCAGAAUGGUAGCUUCAGACCCCAAGUACGGCUACAAUGUUCCUCCCAAGGACGUCAUCGGUGUUUCGCUCUUCCUCAAGACCAAGAAGGGCGAGAUCACCACAGCUCGCAAGCAGAUUGAGGACAAAGCCUACACUCAAAAAGUGCAAAAGCAGAACCUCGAUGCCGAGAUGACACCUUGGCUCUGGGCACCUGCUACCUGGAAGGCAGGCAAGUGGGCAGCCAUCCUGACCUACAUCGAUGAGUGGAAGAGGCCUAUUCUUGCUGCCGGUGAUACUCCCGACAGUGACGGUCCUAUGAUUUUCCACGGUGUUAAUGUUGAGCGUGGCGGUAUUCAUCUUUGGGUUGAUAGAAAGGACUCUUACAGGGAAGAGAUUGAGGGCAUGAUCAAGAACUUUACCAUCGCUCAGAAGGAGGAGAAGCUACCGGUCACGGCUAACAAGAACUGGGUGUUUGUGAAGCCUACGGAUCUCCAUGAUAAAUGA